AUGUAUUUGGAUGAUAUUCUAUGCUGUAUAGUUCAAAAGGGUCACUGGGUGAUAAUAAAUAUCAUUAUAGGAGUACCGCCCAUAUCAAAAGUACAAGGUCAUGUAAAGCCUACUAAAACGACGGCUAGUGAUAAAGUCCACCAAAUAUUAAAAGAAAAUGCACAAUUAAAGGAGGAAAAACAGAUUAUUACUAAGCAUUAUGAGAAAUUGAAAAUCAAAGUUGCUGAUAUAACUGAAUUAAUGGAAGAGAAAGAGAAACAAUACCUAAAAGAGAAACAGAUCUUUAUUGAUGAUGUCAAAAAUCUCAAAAUUAAAAUUUCUGAGAGAGACAAAAUUAUAGCUAAAUUGACUUCACAAGUAGAGGAACAAUCACAGAAUGAGAAACAGACCAUUACUGGUUAG